AUGGCGAGCCUCGUGCUCUUCCUCAUCCUACUCGUGGCCGCCAUGUCGACGCCCGCCGCGCAUUGCCACGGCAACGUCGGGUUCAAGCUGAAGCUGACCCACGUCGACGCGGGCACGUCCUACACCAAGGUGCAGCUCCUCAGGCGCGCCGUCGCCCGGAGCAAGGCCCGCGUGGCGGCGCUGCAGGCCGUCGCCGCGGUGGCGGACCCGGUCGCCGCGGCGCGCGUCCUGGUGACGGCCAGCACCGGCGAGUACCUGGUGGGCCUGGCCAUCGGCACGCCGCCGCUCUACUACACGGCGAUCAUGGACACCGGCAGCGACCUCAUCUGGACGCAGUGCGCGCCGUGCCUGCUGUGCGCUGACCAGCCCGCGCCCUACUUCGACGCCAAGGCGUCCGCCACGUACCGCGCGCUGCCGUGCCGGUCGCCGAGGUGCGGGCAGCUCUACUACCCGGCCUGCUUCCAGAGGGUGUGCGUGUAUCAGUACUACUACGGCGACAGCGCGUCCACCGCCGGCGUCCUCGCCAACGAGACCUUCACGUUCGGCGCCGGCAACUCCACCAAGGUCCGGGUGCCCAACGUCUCGUUCGGGUGCGGCAGCAUCAACGCCGGCGACCUCGCCAACAGCUCCGGCAUGGUCGGCUUCGGCCGCGGGCCGCUGUCGCUGGUGAGCCAGCUCGGCCCGUCCAGGUUCUCCUACUGCCUCACGUCGUACCUCUCGCCGACGCCGAGCCGGCUCUACUUCGGCGCGUUCGCCAACCUCAACAGCACCAACACCAGCUCCAGCUCCGGGUCGCCGGUGCAGUCCACGCCGUUCGUCGUCAACCCAGCGCUGCCGAGCAUGUACUUCCUGUCGCUCAGGGGCAUCAGCCUGGGGACGAGGCGCCUGCCCAUCGACCCGCUGGCGUUCGCCAUCAACGACGACGGCACGGGCGGGGUCGUCAUCGACUCCGGCACGUCCAUCACGUGGCUGCAGCAGGACGCCUACGAGGCCGUGCGCCGCGGGCUGCUGUCCGCCAUCCCGCUGCCGGCGAUGAACGACACGGACAUCGGCCUGGACACGUGCUUCCAGUGGCCGCCGCCGCCGAACGUCACCGUCACGGUGCCGGACUUCGUGUUCCACUUCUACGGCGCCAACAUGACGCUGCCGCCGGAGAACUACAUGCUGAUCGCGAGCACCACGGGGUACCUGUGCCUGGCGAUGGUGCCCUCCGGCGUCGGCACCAUCAUCGGCAACUACCAGCAGCAGAACCUGCACAUCCUCUACGACAUCGCCAACAGCUUCCUGUCGUUCGUGCCAGCUCCGUGCGACAUUAUAUAGAGCUUUUCUUGUGAGUUCUUGCGUUAGACUUCAAUAAAUUCGCUGCUGGUCGUUGCUGCUUGGAAUGUUACCACCGUAGAGUAGCCAUUGCAUCGCGCUGGGAUUCUAGUGUUGUAUCAUCCC